AUUUUUCUAGGCAAAAAAAAAAAGAAUUUCACUUGUAUUUUGGGUGUUGAGGGAAAGUUUUUUUUGUUUGUUUGUAGUUCUGACCAUGGUAGUGAUAAUGAUGAUGAUGAUGAUGAUGAUGAUAAUGACGAUAGUGGGUAUCGUCGAUCGAACAGGUAUAUUCAGCAAUAUAGACCCAACGAUUUACAGGGUUUUUUUUUGUAAAUUACUUUGGCCCAGUUUUGUUUUGAUAUUCCAACAUUUCAAAAUCAAAAUCAACUUUAGCCAAAAAAAAACAAAAAUCUUAAUUUCAGUUGAAAUUGAAUUGUGAUUUUGACCAUUGAAAAAUAUUGAAAAGCAUUGAAGAAAGCACGAAAAAUGAUGAUGUUUUCGAAAAAAUUUCCACUAUCAACAUCCGAUAUCAUUUCGGUUAUCAUUAUUAUUAUGAUUAUAAGUGAUCAAAAUCGUUCAAUUCAGGCAUUAUCAUUUCCAACGAUAAUUAAUCCAUUAAGCUGGUAUUAUUGGUCACCAUUAAAUAACAGUAGUAUGAAUGAUCCAAAUUUAAGUACAAAUCAUAUGAACAUGUCAAAAUAUCUACAGAUAUUACAAUCAAUUUUUCCGAAAAAUAUUUCCACUUUUUCAUCAUCAUCGUCAUCAUCAUCAUCGAUGGUACCAGAUUUAACAACGGCAACAACAACAACAACAUCGACAAUGGAUAUUAAACAACCGGAAUCGAUCAAAAUAGGAAAAGAUUUCGAAACAACAAUGAUACCAUUGUGGCCACAAUCAACAACAACAACAACAGCAAAACCAUUUUUUAUAUCUAACAAUGUAGAUGAUGAUAAUUUAAUUAUCUACAAUAAUUAUCGACAAGCGGAAAAUCUCGAAACAACAACAACAACAACAAUAAUGCCGAUGGAUAUGACUACUGCUGAUAAUUAUAUGACCGAAAAAUCACAUCCACAAAUCGUAUUCAAUGAUGAUGAUGAUGAUAAGCAAAAAAUAACAAUCGAAUCAAUGAUGCCUACAACAAUAAUUGCCAAUAAUGAAAUUAUUGAACAAAAUGAUAGUACGACUAUUUCGACUAUGACUAUGAAUAAUAAUGAUGAUUUUGAUAAUCAAAAUAUUUAUCAUUUUAAACUUUAUGAUGAUGAUGAUGAUGAUGGUGGGAAUGGUAAAACAACAGAGAAUGUGGAUCGUAUGGCUACAACAAAUAAUCCGAUUGAAACAACCAGAACAACAACAACAACAAUGGAUGAAGUUUUUCAAGAAAAUGUACCAGAAAUGAUAAUAAAAAUCAUUGAACCAAUAAUCAAUAUGACAAUAACACGGAUGGAUGAUAGUGAUGAUCAAUUCAAUGAUGAUGAUGAUAACAAUGAACACAUGAUACGAAUGAAACAAUUAUUACAGGUUUUUGGUGGAAAAUAUUGGCAACCAACAACAACAUCAACAACAACCGGCAUUCCAAUCAAUGAUGAAACAAUAAUCAAUAGUCGAUCAAUGGAUGAACAACAAUCAUUACAAUCGACAACAAUCAAUAAUAUGGAAAUCGAAACGACAACAACGAUAAAACCAUCAUUGGAUGAAACAAGCACUAAUAAUAAUAAUGAUCAACAACAACAACAACAAUCAAUAAUCAAAAUGGUCGAACCACGUCUAUUAUUAUCGAAUAAUGGAAAUGAUAUUAAUCAUUUUAUACAAGAUUUUCAUGAUGCAUAUUAUUCAAAUUCAGCUAUAUUUGAUGAUCUUAUGAAAAGAUAUUCAAUAUUUGAACGUACAAAUCGUGCCAUGAAUCAUUUUAAUAAUAAUAAUCUUGAUGAAAUUAUUGCCUAUCAACAACAACAACAACAACAACAACAAAAUGAACAACAAAAAGAUUUAGAAUUUUCUGCCAAUGAUAUUACAGCAAUUAAUCGUGCAUUUUUUCGAUUCAAUAUUGACAAUAAUCAUCAACAUAUGCCAAUAAUUCGUUGAUUGAUGAAAAAAAAAGUAAUUUCAAAAACAAAUAACACACAAA